UUUAUUUCCGCGGCGAACGCCGGAGUCCCUUCGCGGGGCAAGCGUUUCAUCCGCCGCGGCAAAACGUGGAAACGGUUCUCUAUCACGAGUCAGAAACAUUUUAUCAGAUAAAGUCACGCUAUCGGUCUCGGCAGAUAAGGGAACGGUGACAGCGCGACGAUGACACACGACGCCCGUGCUUUCGGAAGAGUACGUGUCGCUCCGGCCAUUUCUCUCCUUUCGCUCCCCAUCGGCUGUGUAAUUUUUAUCUCCAUCACCGUCUCGAGUGGAAGGUAGCUAAAGUCAUGGACACGCUGUACCCGAAUCUCCACGAGCGCUUCAAGACUGAGGGUCUCUGCGCUAUCUGCCUCAUGGAGACGGAGCUGACGCCCAGGUACUCGUGUGUUAACGGCCACACCAUGUGCCACCGUUGCAAGCCUUACUACUACGCCUGUCCCACGUGUCGGAUGCCGUUGAAUGUGGAAAUACUGCCGCCGCAGGUGGACGCGCCCCCGCCGACGCAUUUGAUGUCGCACCCGAUGCCGCCGCAACCCAUGCCGCGCCAUCGUGUCGACUACAGUCCCAGCGCACCGUCCCUAACGGGCAACUUUCUGGAGCACGAGAGAACAACUUGGCAGCCACCGACACCGUCAGAGGACCAGCGGCUCAGGUCGUGCUCGUAUUCUCAUCUGGGAUGCUGGGUGAAGGUGCCUGAGCACCUGCAGGUUCUUCACGAGUCGAGAUGUCAAUUUCGGCCGCAUCUGGAGGAAGAACAUCUACCGACGGACCUUCCGCACCUUCACGACGAUUUGGUCGAGUGCCCAUACUCAGUGGCGGGAUGUAAGGUCCGCACAGUGCCAUGGAGACGUGACAUUCACGAAAACUUUUGCAUCUACAAGGACAAGUUCCACGGCGUAGACGACAUCAGCGAGGGUCUGGCGUGCGCGACGUUCGUCGAUAGCGAUUACGACGGCGAUCCCGAGCAAUUGGUGGAGUGCAAGUUUCGGCGUUACGGUUGCAUGGUGAGAAUGCCGAGGAGGCGUAAACCCAUGCAUGAACAGAAAUGUAACUACAGAAGCUAUCACACAGACGACGAGUCCGAUUGCAUCUGGGUGCCGUCGGAAUUGGAUCCUGAGGAGCAAGUGGAAUGCAGAUGGUCCGCGAACGGCUGCCAGGUGAGACCGAAACGUUGUCGCAAGCAGAUACACGAGGACAAGUGCAAUUACAGGAUGGAAGAGUGUGCCUACAAGGAUUACGGCUGUGACGCCAUGUUUAUACCGGCCAGAAAAUACGCUCACGAGAGAACCUGCUCAUACGCCAAUUGAGUUCAUGAUAAUUGAGCGAGAUAAUUACUCUCACACUGGGAUACAUGCAUAUCACGGACGUGCAAUAGAAAAUAAAAUACUUUCCUUCAUGGAUAAAAAAAUUUAGUGGAGUCAACCAAAUUUCUGAUGAAAUACGAACAAAUCUGAAAUUUCAGUGGAAGCAGCUAGAAUUCUAUUAACGUUAACAAAAUUUUUGAUUGAUUUUAACAUAAUUCUAAUAACUUCAAUCGAAAUUUUCUGGUACAUACCUUACAGAAAAUUUGGUUAAGAUAGUUUAAGUUAAGUUGGGUUGGGUUAAGAUAAAUUUAAGAAAAUUUUUUUAAGAAAAUUUGGUUGUACCAACCAAACGGUUUUCCCGUGUUAUUUAAUUGUCUAGUUGGUAGGAAGUACGAAGGAAAAGAAACGAUCACAUGAUCAAUGGGUCUUCUCUUUCUUUCGCUAUGUUUCACUCUCGGUUUUGUUUCUCUUACAUCGUCUCCUCCUAAAGAACUGUGUGACAGAAAAGGCAUUCAUCUUGGCCAUAGAUAUAGUAAGGACUGAGUCUACUUAACAGCGAAGAUCAGAUAGAAAAGAACAGAAAAUCUGGACAUGAAGACACGUGGAAGAGCCACUCUGACAGGUGCGAAAAGACCAAUCCACGUGCCUAAUCGUUACGUUACACAGCACGCUGUCUGUACGAAUCUACGUACUCUCUGUCGCGACUUAGACUGUCGUUGUCAAUAAAUCGAACGAGUCCAGUGAUCCCGUAAAAUCCGUGCCAAACUGCGGGCCGGGCCAAACACAUCGCGAUAACGACAAUUAACAACAACAAAGCGGAUCUUCACCGUCGAGGUGGGACGAAAGCCAUUAACAGCGAUUUCCAAGAACGCGGGAUAAUGCGGAAGAGGAUUAUUUGCUCUCUCUCUCUCUCUCUCUCUCUCUCUCGCUACUCUCGAUCCCAUUCCGGCGCGAGAUAGUGAAACUUGCGCCUGUCGUUCGGGGGAUCAUCUUGGGCAUGAUCGCCGGGAAUGAGGGAGUGAUGGCGUGGCUGGGAUAUCCAACACCUGCAGGCUAAUGGUGGACCUCCCUGUGCGCGCCCACGAUCUCGCCGUCGCUCGACAAAACGACACCCACACGCGCUUAUAGCGCCCAUUUGUAACGUCGGCGCGUGCAAGGGGCGGCAGUGGAAUCCAUUUCGAUGCGCGAUUACAGACGGUGGAUACUGGCAGCUUGAGGUGUUAGUCUCAAAGUCAAUAAAACAUGGUUUCGAGCGAUAUCCAGCGCGAAUUAUGCAAUUUUAUAUCUUAUCUCAUUCGUCAAGGUUCUCCCCCAAUCUCUCGCCGCGGAACUCUUAAUUAGUGACGUCAGAGGCGAGAUGUACGAUAAAAAUGCUUGCAAAAUACGUUGAAGUAAAAAGAUAUGCAUAAAAAUGACGCGUUCGAUCGGGUACAGUUGUAAAACAAACGACACGUUUUCCUUUUGUUCCAACAAUCAAUGAAUUAGCGUGAUACGCAACCUUUUUUCUAUCUUUUCUCGUGAUUUCGUCACGUUAAUUUUACAAUUAUUUAUUGAUUGUUAGAACAAAAGUGUUCUAACAAUCAAUUAUUUUGCACAUCUGCUCGAUCAAUUACAAGUAACACCUUGUGGAUACAUUUUUUAUUUCUACGUAUAUUGCCAGAAUUUUUAGCGUGCAUUUUCUCGCUUCUAACGUCACAAAUUACCGCGGCAGGGAAAUAGCAAUCUUAAUUGUCAGUGAAGCAAAUCGCGUCAUUCGCAUUAACGGAAAUAGGAUGGUAAAUUAUUAUUGGGUUUUGAAAAACGCUUUUAUCUAAUUACAAAAAUUAUAAAAUAGUUUUUUGUCGUGAUACUAUCAUUGUUGCGACACAUGUAGUAAAUAAUUGUCAGCAGGAGACACGUUUACUUCCAAUACGAUGUAUAAUACAAUCAGUAAAAGUUCAACGUCUGCAAACAAAAGGUGCAAACAAAACUUGGGAUCUAUUUUUUGUGCCAUGGAAAUCUCAGUAAGUCCCACGGGGUUGAAGGCGUAUACACCUUCGUCCCUACUAGAUAAAUAUCGAAUGGACUGUAGCGCGAAAAACUCUUGUCCGUCCGCGACGUAAGCGUUCCAUCAUCUCGGCAGGUCAGAACUUUAACGUUUGGAGGUGACCUCUGACUGAUGGACAAAGGGGUGCAGGAACUGUUUUACAUAGUAAAUAUCAAGAAGGACCUCAGCCUUUGACCAAUGCAUGCCUUAAAGAGGAUGCCGCAUCAUGUCGAAAUUCAAAGUCGUACAAAGGGAAGAAAGAGAAGAGAGAGAAAAGCAUCAGUAGAGAGAAAAAGAGAGAGAGAAGCAUCGGUAAAUUGUGUCCGGAUCAGGAAACAAUCGAUGUGACUCUUAUUCAAGGCAAUAUCACCCCUCGGUGUCUACCCUUUACCUUCUCUAAUUGCGUUUCAGACCAUUCGCUGAUUUUUAAUUAAACCGAUUCACAAAAAGAUUGCGUGGCUUAAAGAAGAUAUUUCAUGCCGUCACUUUCAUUUCAAACAUCUACUGUUAUUUAAAUACUUGAUUGAUGCGCAUAAAUUUAUAAAUCAUGCAGUUACGUAUCAUAACAAAUAUAUCCCUUCCCACUAGAAAAUGGUAAUUCAUAUUUGAUGUCAUGUGUAUAUAAGUACGGACGUAUGUAUGUAUUCAUGGGAAAUUUGAAAAUUACAUCAAACGAAAAGUUCUCGAAAGUCAAAGUUGUAACGUAAUAAGCUGUGGAAGACAGAUAGUUUGAUUUUUAAAGGUGUUUCGCUGUUUCAGCAUGCGAAAUGGAUUAAGUUCUUGUUAUGGUGAAACUACCAUAAAAGAUCGAGCGAUCUUUAUGCACUGAAUUAUAUUUUUUCUCGAAGUAAUCCUGACAUCGUAGAAAAUGUUUCAAAUAUUACUGUAUAGAAUUACUAGCUGAAUAACGCGCAUGUAGUGUUGUUCUAGUUAUGCAAAAUUGAGAUAUAAUUUAUUUCCCAACGUGACACGAGCGCACAACCUCAUAUCUCUUCCAAAUUGCAAUAUAACAGAAUCGAAAAAGUACGUUAAGCUUCAUGAAUAACGAAAAAGUGAUUUUUGCUUCUUUUUUCUUUUAACAAAUUGCAAAAGUGCGACACCACAUUAAUAUACAAAUGUGUCAUUUCCAUGUAAAACAGCGGGGCGGAAGGAAAAGUUGACGACGGACAAGAGGCGAUUAUCGGACGAAAGUUAAUGGCUUUUUUUCAUUAAAUUUUCUCCGCAUAAAUUAAUAAGUCGAUCAGAGAUGAUGAAAGAUAAGAAGGCGCUCGUCAUUUUUAAGAAGCUCGUUGAUAAGCAGAAUAUAGACGCGGACACAACGAGGCUACAACCCGCUGAUGGUGGGGUUGAGCAAAGGGACGGAAAGAGGAGAUGCGAGUAAAUUGCACCCCUGGGGACAAGCCUGACGAGUGGCGCGAAGGACGCAACAAGCCAGAAGUCAGCCAACUUUAAUUAAGACAGCGUUGCAGACUAGAUGUAGACACGGAGUUUCUAUAUAAGAAACUCGAACUCUUGUGAAAUUUCUUUGUUACUUGUGAAUAGCAGGAUACGUUAAAAACAAUGAGGGAGAAAGAGGAAAAUGUAAAGCGUUAUUGUGCCAAAAUCUUUAUGAUGUAUUACUGAUGAUCUUUAUGAUGAAUUUACUGAUGUACCUACCGCUUACAAAAACGUCGAUCUCUUCUUAGAAAAAUAUGGAAAAUACAGAAGAAAAUAUCGGUGAUCUGACCUCUGUCGUUUCUUUUGUAUAUACUCUUUAAUUAAAAAUACUCUUUAAUUAAAAAUCUAAUGAGGCAUUUGAAAUUUAAUGAA